AUGACCAUACGCCUCACGCCCGAGGUCCUCGGGCGCCUGAUGAUGAACGGGCCGGGCCCGAAGCCGGAGAUAGAGCUGGUGCUCAAGAGUGCCGGUGAAGGAGGUCCCGUUCUCCUUGUGGGGGGGGUGUCACACAAGCUGGACGCGCAUCAAAUGGCCAUCGGGUCCGAAGUGCACGUCUUGGCUAGGACGCAGCAGCAGCCCGGCAACGGCAGCCGCCAUUGUGGCCACAGAGGCGAGGGAGGGCGUCAGGCGGGAGCGGGAGAGAUGGUGGAGGCGGGUGGCAAGUCCGGCAAUCCCGGGAUGACUGUUUUUGCCUCGCUGCACCGGAAACUGAUCGUCCAGCAGGUCCUGACCGAGGCGAAGCGGGCGGAGAUAAAGGCCAGGAACGAUGAGAUCGACCGCCGAGAGAAGCAAGCCAAGAAAAAGAUGGUCAGGAUGGAAGACCAGGAGGAGAUGCUAGCCGCCGCUGAGGCCAUCCCGGUCCCCGUCGGACAAGCGCCGCCGCCGCCGACCGCCCCCUCAGGAGGAGUUCCAACACCAAAGCGUGGGGGGGAGGGGGACGGCAAGGCACGAGGAGGAGGUCAAGGCGGCGGUAGGUAGCGGUGGGGAGCGGCGGCGGCAGCGGCGGCGGCGGCGACCGCGGAGAAGGGACCCUCUGACGGCGUGGGUGUGCGGCUGCUACAACGACGACGGCUACGCCGGGCACGUGUCGGACCUUCGGCAAUUCUUCCGGGGGAUAGAUUUUCACCACGUGAUGCUUAGGUAUCACGUGCUGCCCGAUGGCACCCUGGAUCCCGAUCGAAGGCGUUUCUGCGUCAGAUUCAAGACAAAGGCCGGCAGAGACCUGGCGAUCAAGCGCUCGGGGGAGGCGCUCGGAUCUUAUUGCUCGUGGUGGGACCCGGGCGACGAGGCGACGGUCAUCAGGGGCAGGGACGUACCCGGCGACAGCUACAGCGGCGGCAUCGACG